CUCCCACAAUGGUGGCUAAGGGAGAGAGCCGUGCAGAGCCCACCAAUGCCGCCUCCAAUUAUGGCGACACUCAAAGCAGGGUGGUAGAUGGAUGCAGGCAUUUUCAGGUGAUUGCUGCAUCAGAUACUCGAGCGUCAGACGACUCAAGUCUUUGGCUCACAUGCAGGAAAGAACAUACCAAUUUGUUUCGAAAUAUUCCUAGAAGACCUUGGUAGGCGCGUCACCAAGUAUCAUUCGCAACUCAUAAUCACUUUUAACGAGAAGUCCGGCGAAUCUGGCCCGCGGCCUCUGUUCGAAGGUGGUCUUCUUUCUCGGCUUGAAGUCCCCUGGGUAUGCUGGAAAAGCAGUCUCUCGCUCAGGGAAUGCUCUCAAUGCCGUGGACACAGUUGGUUUUCCGUGAUAUUUACUCUACGGAUUACAAAAUGGACUCUUUGUGCGUGAAGCAGCUGAGUUAUGGUUACAAUUACCGCGGCAGGUGCUACAGUUCUGCUUAGUUGUGCUCCGCGUUCUGCUGGACCGCGGCGCUUCAUGGCUGCGGAGGAGACAUCAAUGGCUUCCUGCUAGACAUUUGCCGACCUCCUCACUUGUGCAAGAAGCCUUGCUUUCUGUUGACCUGGAACUCUCAUUCUAUUGAAUUCAUACGAAACACUAUGGACGCUACACAGAGCAAGGCUGAGGUUGUGCACAUGGAGCAAGACAAGAGGGCUGCUCGAGAUGCCGCGGACAAGGUUGAAGAAGCUCGUGAACUCGAGAGAGAAGACGGUACAUCAACACUCAAGCUCGACAAGCAUGGUCUCCCCCUUGUACCGCAACCGACCGAGCGCAAGGACGAUCCACUGAACUGGUCACCAUUGCUCAAGUUGUUCGUCCUCUUGCAAGUCAGUUGGUUGGCUUUCCUCGGACCAAUGGCUGGUGCAAUUGUCAACCCAGCCUUCGUGCCGCUCAGCAAGGAGUUCGACAUCACUGUCGUCCAAGCUUCUUACGAGCUUACAGUGUAUAUUGUUUUUGCAGGCAUAGGACCUUUACUCACAGUGCCACUUGCCAACGUUUAUGGUCGAAGGCCAGUCUACAUUUGUGGCAAUCUUCUGGCGGCCGUGACCAAUAUCGCUGCAGGAUAUUGUACCACAUGGCCAGGGAUCAUUGCGACCCGUGUGUUUAAUGGCAUUGGCGCUGGGAGUCCGACCGCUAUCGGGGCAGCAACUAUAUGCGACCUAUAUUUCCUGCACGAGCGUGGCUUUUAUAUGGGCAUCUUCACUUUUUUUCUCACCAACGGACCUCACGCCGCCUCCUUGUUCGGCGGGUUUAUAGCCCAGAAACUGGGUUGGAGAUGGUGUUUCCUAAUUCCAGGCUACAUCCAGCUUGGUACAUUGGUACUCACCCUCAUUUGCCUACCAGAAACGCUCUAUUCACGUCGGUCCGUUACCGGCCGACGUGAGCAAUCCAUGAUGGAUCGGCUUCUCUUCAGGCAUUCGGGCUUGCAGAACCGCAAGCUGCAUUUCGGAGACUUUCUCAGGCCGUUCUACAUGUUGAAGUACCUCUCCAUUGUGAUUCCAGGUCUUUACUAUAUGACAGCCUUUGGGUUCGGAUCGGUCAUGUUCGCUGCAACUGGAUCGAGUCUAUUCCACUCAUUAUACCACUUCAAUGUCGCGCAGACUGGGAUGCUCCUUAGCAUACCGCUUCUCAUAGGCUGUCUACUCGGCGAAAUGAGCGCAGGAUGGCUCACAGAUUGGAUGGUAUACCGAUACGCCAAAAGCCACGGGGGUCGGCGGGAGCCAGAACCACGCAUCAACAUGGUCGUGCUGGCUGUCCUGUGUCCGAUCGGAAUCAUCAUCGAUGGCGUUUGUUUGUCGCACUACAAGACCGUCUCCUGGGUGGGCGCGGCAUUUGGCAUGGGCAUUGCAAACUUCGGCCUGCAGAUUGCAACCACAGUCACGUACACUUACUGCACGGAUGUAUGUGACAACAUCCCAUUUGCGAAGGAUUAACACUGACAUCGGUGCAGUGUUAUAAACCCCAGAGUUCAGAGAUAUCCAGCAUUCUGAACGUCUUUCGCAACAUCUUCUCCAUGACGAUCUCUUUCUACGCUAUCCCAUUUGGGGAAAAGGUCGAGUAUCAGUACGCAUGGCUGACUUUUGCCUUGAUUCAUGUUGCUUUCCUGGUUCCAAUGGUUGUGCUUCGGUUCAAAGGCAUUCAAUGGAGGAACAGUGCUUGGCAGAAACCUCCGACGUUCCACAACGAUAUCUGAGAUCAUCAAUCCUAUAUUGCUAGUUUUCUGCGGCUUAGUUAGCGAUUGUUCGUAAU